AUUUUGCCUCGUGUAACUCAUGUGACGUCAUCACGCCGGCGCCGCGAAGAGGAUUUUGUUGGAGCGAUUCAGCGUUUAAGUCAUCUUAAAUGUGACAGAGAACUCUUAGAAAGAAAUAGAAGAGAACCUUCAUGUCAUGGAUGUGCUCGUGGAGUUUAUUAAAGAGGAGCCUGAAGACUCGACUGAUCGAGAACCCUGCAGAGUGAAAGAUGAAGAAAUUGAGGAAGAAACAGGCCUGACAGAAGUGAAAGAGGAAAGUCAAGACUUGAAUGAAGUUGAAGAAAACCGCAGUUUUCAGACACUUGAAACUGAAGAAAACUGUCAGUCUGAAAAUCUCUCACAAAAAGGACACGAUAAAAAUCAUGCCGGAAAGACGCUUUUAACAUGCAAUCAGUGUGGGAAGACUUUCAGUCAUAAAGGACACUUUAAUAUUCACAUGAGGAGUCACACUGGAGAGAGUCUCUACAUAUGCCCUCAAUGUCAAAAGACCUUUAUUCACAGAAGACGUCUUAAAGAACACUUAAGGAUUCACACCGGAGAGAAGCCUUUCACAUGCACUCAGUGUGGAAAGUGUUUCACACGUAAAUCAAGCCUGUCGUGGCACAUGAAAAUCCACACUAAAAAGAUUCUGUUUACAUGCCAUCAGUGUGGAAAGAGUUUCAUUCAUAAAGGACACUUUAACGAUCACUUGAAAGUUCACACUGGAGAGAAACCGUUCACUUGCCCUCAGUGUGGAAAGAGUUACAGUCAUAAAGGACACUUUAAUGAUCACUUAAGAGUUCACACUGGAGAAAAGCCGUUUGAAUGCCCUCACUGUGGAAAGAGUUUUGGUCAUAAAGGAUCCUUUAAUGUUCACCUGAGAAUCCAUUCUGGAGAGAAGCCGUAUGUGUGUGAUCAGUGUGGAAAGGGUUUCAUUUAUAGAGGACACUUUAAAGAUCACUUAAGAAUUCACACUGGAGAGAAGCCGUUCACAUGUCAUCUGUGUGGAAAGAGCUUCGGUCAUAAAGGAUCCUUUAAUAUUCACCUGAGAAUCCACUCUGGAGAGAAGCCGUAUGUGUGUGAUCAGUGUGGAAAGAGUUUCACUCAUAGAGGACACUUUAAAGAUCACUUAAGAAUUCACACUGGAGAAAAGCCUUUCGUGUGCACUCAGUGUGGACAGUGUUUCACACAUAAAGGAAGCCUCAAGUGGCACAAUAAAAAAAAUCACACUGAAGAUGAAAGACGCUUUAAGCGUCACACAAGAAGCCUAAAACUUGCCCUCAAUGUGAAAAGGGUUUCAAACGUGAAGGACACCUUAAGCCUUGAGCCUAUAACACACUGCCUGACGGAAAUGAAAGAGGAAAGUCAAUACCUGAAUGAAACUGAGGACGACCACCAUUUCCAGACACCUGAAAAUUUUAUAGCUGAAGCAAAACCUUUAAAUGACUGUCAAUCUGAAAAUCCUUCACAAACAGGACGCCUUAAAGAUCACAUUAAAAAUCAUACCAGAAAGAGGCCUUUCACAUGCCAUCAGUGUGGGAAGAGUUUCAAACAUAAAGGACGCCUUACUAUUCACGCAAGAGUUCACAAUGGAGAAAAGCCUUUCACGUGCCAUCUAUGUGGAAAGAGUUUCAAACACAAGGGGCAUCUUACUGUCCACACAAGAAUUCACACCGGAGAGAAGCCUUUUACAUGCCAUUCAUGUGGAAAGAGUUUCGCAAAUAGAGGGCAGCUUACUGUCCACAAAAAAAUCCACUCUGAAGAAAGACCUUUAACUUGCCUUCAGUGUGGAAAGAGUUUCACAAAUAAAGAAAACCUCAAGUGUCAUAUGAAAAUCCACGCUGGAGAGAAGCUUUUCUCGUGCUAUGACUGCGGAAUGAGUUUCACUAGUGAACUAACUCUUCUGAGUCACGUGAAAACUCAUUCUCGAGAGAGGACUUUCCAGUGCCGUCAGUGUGAAAAGAGUUUCAGUCAUAAAGGACAUCUUAAUAUUCACAUGAGGAGUCACACUGGAGAAAAGCCCUUCAUGUGCCCUGAGUGUGGAAAGAGGUUUAUUCAUAGAGGACAUCUUAAUGAUCACUUAAGGAUUCACACCGGAGAGAAGCCUUUCGUUUGCUCGCGUUGCGGAAAGUGUUUCACACAUCAAGCGAGUCUCUCGUGGCACAUGAGAACUCACCCCGAAGAAACUGUCAAGUGUCACGUGAGAAUGCACCCGGAGGAGAAUCCGUUCACAUGCCAUCAAUGCGGAAAGAGUUUCCUUCAUAAAGGACAUCUUAAUGAUCACUUAAGAGUUCAUACUGGAGAGAAGCCGUAUACAUGUCAUGUGUGUGGGAAGAGCUUCAGUCAUAAAGGAUACUUUAAUGUUCAUGUAAGAAUUCACACUGGAGAGAAGCCGUUUGCGUGCCAUCAGUGUGGAAAGAGUUUCACACACAAAGGAAGCCUGAAGUGGCAUAUGAGAAUUCACACUGAAGGACUUUUCACUUGCGAUGACUGUGGGAAGAGUUUUGCGUAUAAAAGAAAACUGCAGAUUCACAGAAGAAUUCACACCGCGGAGAAUCCUUCAACUUGCCUUCAGUGUGGAAAAAGUUUCACAUGUGCCAAAAAGUUUAAGUGUCACAUGAAAACUCACUCUAAAGACAAUCCCUACACAUGCGAUCAAUGUGGGAAGUGUUUCACUCAAAAAGGACAUCUAAACGAUCACAUGAGGACUCACACUGGAGAGAAGCCCUUCACGUGCCAUCUGUGCGGAAAGAGCUUCAGUCAGAGAGGAACCUUUAAUAUUCACCUGAGAGUUCACACUGGAGAAAGGCCGUACAAAUGCCAUCAGUGUGGACAGAGUUUCAGGAAGAAAGGAACCUUGAAUAUUCACCUGAGAUCGCACGCUGCCAUCAAGCUUGCGUGCCAUCAAAGCGCACAGAGUCUCGUUCAGAAAGCGCACCUUAAUGAUAACGUAAAAAUUCACAUCGUAGACAGGCCGUUCACAUGCCACGUCUGCGGAAAGCAUUUCAUUCAUAGAGGACACCUUAACGAUCACCUGAGAAUUCACACUGGAGAGAAGCCGCACGUGUGCCAACAGUGUGGCAAGCGUUUCACCCAUAAAGGAAGCCUUACGUGGCACAUGAGGACUCACACUGAAGAGGAACUUUUCACAAGCUGUCAAAUUAAGGAGAAAUUUACGAAUAAUGUCGACAUUGAGAGUCAGAUAAAAAUUCACAAAGUAGAGAAGCCUUACGCGUGCCAACAUUGUGGAAAGCGUUUCACCCAUAAAGGAAGCCUUACGUGGCACGUGAGAACUCACGCAGACGAGGAGCUUUUCACAUGUCGACAGAUUGAUAAAAAAUGUACAAAUAAUGUAGAUGCUGAUAGUCAGGUAAAAGUUCACUCUGGGGAGAAGCCUUACUCGUGUCCUUUGUGUGAAAAGAGUUUCAGUCGUCAAGCAAUCCUUCAGGGUCAUGUAGAAACUCACUUUGAAGAGAGCGCUUAAAGGUGCUGUAUGGAAUAGCAUAGUAUGUGUGCAGACAUUUAGGAAACAUGUGAAUUCAAAAACAAUGCUACAGACAGUUUCUUUGAAAUUUGUGUUUCAUGUUGGAAUCUGUUUUUGUUUGGGUCUGUGUCAUUCUACCCACUGCCAGUUUACCCAAUAGUAUUUCGACACCCCGGGUUGGCAGCAAACAAACUGGGUCAGAGAUUGCAGAUUCCACGAACCUAAAAAAGCCUCGGCAUCCAACUAAAAAGCUCAAUGACCACAGGCAUAUUAGAACGCGGAUACAGUGUAAGGCUCAUCACCUUAAUUAAUUGGUGUUUAUUCCUCUUUCGUGUCUUCAAUCUGACAACCUGUGUGAACAUCGGGUUUGAGAAGGAGAGGGUGGGAGAAACAAUAUUUUGAAUUUGGACUGUGGUACCCAUUUCAACCAGUUGUCAAUAUCACAUGCUGCACCUUCAAACAUAUGCUCAUUGUGGAAAGAAA